UGAAGAUCUUGAUACAUGUAUUUUGUGUUCGAUGCUGGUAAUUUGAAUCGAAAUAAAGCAUAAUUGACAGCCUAUUUGUAUUAUAAAACGACAUCAAUUACUUUUAAAAACAUUGCACUGUUGUUUUUAUAUCAAUGACACCAGUUGACUGUAUUAGAAAUCAGUGUUGGGACUUCAUGUACAAUUUCGAAUUUACAAAUUUAUCCUCGUAACAAAAACAUGAAUAAUUGUGGUGUUGGUGGUGGUGUAGGAACUGGAGGAGGAGCUUAUGAUGCUAAAAUAGCAGGCCUUUAUGAUUUGCUAGACACGCUUGGCUCAGGACAUUUUGCUGUUGUUAAAUUGGCAAGACAUGUCUUUACGGGUGAAAAAGUUGCAGUAAAAGUUAUUGAUAAAAGUAAAUUAGAUGAAGUCUCGAAAUCACAUCUAUUCCAAGAAGUACGAUGCAUGAAACUAGUUCAACAUCCUAAUGUAGUUCGACUUUACGAAGUUAUUGAUACACAGACUAAAUUAUAUUUGAUACUAGAAUUAGGUGAUGGGGGUGAUUUGUAUGAUUAUAUUAUGAGACAUGAAUCUGGUCUCUCCGAAUCUCUAGCUCGUGACUACUUCCGUCAAAUUGUUCGUGCUAUUUCAUACUGUCACAGAUUACAUGUUGUUCAUCGAGAUUUAAAACCAGAAAAUGUGGUGUUUUUUGAAAAAUUAGGAGUAGUGAAAUUGACUGAUUUUGGUUUUAGUAACAAAUUUUGUCCAGGACAAAAACUUGAAACAUCAUGUGGAUCUUUAGCUUACUCAGCACCUGAGAUUUUGUUAGGUGAUUCCUAUGAUGCCCCUGCAGUGGAUGUAUGGUCCCUUGGUGUUAUUCUGUACAUGUUAGUGUGUGGACAAGCUCCUUUUCAAGAAGCAAAUGACAGUGAAACUUUGACAAUGAUAAUGGACUGUAAAUACACAAUGCCAAAUCAUGUUUCAAAUUCAUGUAAAAGGCUUAUUGGAAGAAUGUUAGUAAGAGAACCAGAAAAGCGGGCAACAUUAUCAGAAAUAGCGACUGAUCCUUGGGUCACAGCUGGCGAAGGUGUAACUGUAGAAGAUUUUGAUACUCCAUUAGUAGCCAAACAAGAUUUAUCAGAAGAUGAUCGUGCUGCUAUCUUACAAAGGAUGGUGAAUGGUGCUAUUGGCACCAAGGAACACAUUUUGGAAGAAUUAGAGAAAAAUGAAUAUAAUCAUAUUACUGCUACAUAUUACUUAUUAGCAGAAAGAAAAUUGAGGUCUAAAAGACAAGAGGCGCGACAGAGUGCUCGACGACCAGAAGUACUCGGCGUCUCGCGGACCUCGAGAGGGAUGUUAGCUCCUCCACAGCUAUCUGCCGCUCCUCGCACUCCCCAAGACGUACCUCCGAGAUCACGCAAGUGCAGCAUAGUGCGCGAGGAGGAGGACGACGAGGAGGGCGCGGGCGCGGCGGGCGCGGCGCGGGCCGCCGACGCGCGCCGCGGGUCGCGCUCCGAGGGCCGACUGCACCUCGCGCGGCCCGCGCAGCUCGCCGACAAUCUCAUCAAGGUGAAUCUCGACGAAGACGCGUGCGCGGCACCCCCAGCGGAGAGCGCCCGCCGCGCACCCCCGCCGCCCGCGCCCGCGCGCCGCCAGCGGCUCGAGUGUCGCCGGAGACGGGCGCGGGCCGGCUCGUGCUCCUCGUCCGAUCUGUCCGACGACGACUCGGAGAAGAAGAAGCGCGCGGGCGAGCAGGUGGCGGCGCCGGGCGAGCGCGCGCGCCGGGACUCGCACGACGACUCCAGCGACAGCCAGGAGCGCGGCGCCGCGCGCCGGCCCGCGCCGCGCCCGCCGCCCGCCGCGCCUGCGCACGGGGGAAGCUCAUCCAGUAGUGGCAGUGGUGGCGGCGGAGGCGGUGCAGGAGGCGGUGGGGGCGGCGGCGGCGCGGGCGCGGCGGGGGACGCGCGGGGCGGCGGCGCGGGGGGCCGGCGAAGGCGCGCUGCUCGUAAGGAGAGUCGCCUGCGGGAGUCGCGCUCGCUCAAUCGCAUCGCUGAGGUGGAGGAGGCGAGCGCGGCGCGCUGGGCGGGCGCGGGCGGGCUGGUGGCGCUGUGCGGCCGCCCGCUGCUGCGCCUGCUGGCCGCCGCGCGCCCCGCGCCCUCCGCGCGCCGCCUGCACGGCCUGUGCUGA